AUGCGUCAGAGCGAUUUGCCGACGACCGCAGUGCGACUGAGAAGAAUGCCGCCGGCGCGAGGAGCCAAGACGCUCGGAUGGUUCGUCGACCACUCGGACAUUUUCGACAAGCAACAUCAGCAAAUGGAGCAGCAGCAGCAGCAGUUGCAGAGGAGGAGCAGCUCCGCCUCCGAAGGUACCGUCAUGUUGAAAAAUGCGCAAAAAACUAGGGUUCUAGGCGAAAAAUGAACAGAAAACAUUGAGAAUGCGGAAUUUGGGAGUGUCGUAAAAAGUCGACAACGCCCCCCUGAACACUUGAACACUCUCUCUUUUGCAAUAUUCGUUGGGUGUGACAAGUUGUUCGCAUCGUUCAACGACGUCGCCCAUAAAAAGUUUCCCCAUCCAUCUAUCCAUCCAUUCGUCGACGACGACGACGACGACGAAAACGCAUCAGAUCCAAUGAAGAAGCGGGCGGCAACCAACAUGAGAAACUGAAUGAGACAGGCUUUUCGGCUUCCUCCCCUUUGGUUCUCACGCACAUAAGAGAGAGAGAGAGACCGCCUAGUUCCUUGUUUGUCAGGGAAGAAGAAGAAGAAGUCAGAUGAUGUUGGCUUUUCUCAUUUAUACCCGAACACCAUCAGAUUCUGAUCAUCGGUCUCUUUUCUGCAUGCUUACAAAAAUUUUCGCAUUUUCCGAACUUCGCGCUGCGAUUUUACCCGUAUCGAUAUUCUCGGUGCGACUUUGAAUAAUUCAAUUCAAUUCCAGACUCGAAGCCAUCGAUUCCGAACGGCUCGACCUCGUCGUCGUCGGCCAGCGUCACGACCACCGUCGCCGCCUCAGCGCCCCAACACAACCAGCAGCAGCAUCCGAAGAAGCAGAAGCGCUAUCGGAAGACGUUGAGCCAGUACGGAGCCGCCCGAAAAGAGGGCUACGCGGCGAGCCAGGCGAUGAGCGAGAGCAGCGAAGACGGAUGCGUAGUCCUUCCGCCGCCCGUCACUCUGACGACCACCUCGGGAGGAUCGGCGCCGAACGGAUCGACGCCGCCGCAGGAGGAGUACUGGUUCUAUGAUGUCGCCACCGACGGAUACUAUUACGAGCAGAACGGAGCGAAAGGAUGGCGGCGGAGACAGCCGAACGCCGCCGUGCACAAGGGAACCAAAGAUCAGGUGAGAAAGUGUUGGAGUUGUGGGUCUUUUUGUUGAGAGCCUCGAACCUCGCUGUAUCUUGAUUCGUCCUAUUGCGGAAGUUUCCUAUGGGUUCCUCGAAAUAUCCUCAAGUCUUGUUGUUCUCGAAAAUUUCACGCACCACUUUCUAUGAAAGCCUGAAAUUAUGAAAGGACGCACUUUCAGUCAUCAUUUCUAUUCCGGAUUCUUGGAUUCCUAGGAUGCACUGUGCGGUUGUGUUGAAAGUAUUUGCGUACUCUUUUCCGCCAUUUCCUUGUGACCCUAAAAGCCAUUUAUAGCCAGCCUGAGCAUCGAAUGAGCAAAAUCCACGGGUAGUCCUGGAAUCGCACUUUUCGGACACACUGAAUGGAUGGAUGAAUGUCCUUGAGAGGAAACGCACGUUGCACUUUUAGUCCCCUUCUCACUGCUCUGCUCGUCCGGUUUUGGUCUCACUAGACCCAAUGUCUUUCCGAAAUUCCUGAGACAAAAGCCGAGGGCUGUGUUUUCGACUCUAAACUCUGAAGAGGCUCUAGAAAAGUCUAGACCCGCCACGAAGGUCAAGAAGCACCGCCGGAAAAACAAUUCCGAGAAGGCGUUGAUUCUCCAGGGAGCUCAAUGACUCAUUCGUUUCCGUGUCUGAAAAUGGACACGAGAAUGCUAUUAUUCUCGGAGAAUCACGUGUCGCCGCAGGUCCUUCUCUCGUCAAAACAUGUCCUUAUUCGGUCGCUCUUCUAUUUUUUUUACGAGGCGGCCAUCCAGGACAGCAGCUGUCUCAAUAGAGUAUUCGGCUCGGCGAGCAAUGAGGAUUUCUCGGAAAGAGCUCUGGAAUGGUCACCUGCUAACAAGGGUCAUGAGAGGAAUCGAGGCGAGUUGGCGGCCAACCUAGUUCCUCCUCGUUGUUUCUAAGCUGUUUGAAGAGAGAAACUUGUUCCAUUUCCUCUCGGAAUCUUGUUCUUCAUAGUGUGGAAGUUUUGUCCGUCUCCUCAUUUGCCGACCACUCUCGCAGCUUUUCCCCUCUAUUUCUCCAAUACAAAACAGCAUAAAAGUUGUUUUCAUCAUCAUCAUCACAAGAGGGAGAGGAAGAGAGAUUCGUGGAAUGGCAGAAGGACGAGAAAAGACCAAAACAAGUGGAGAUGAACUGGAAAAAAAACAUUUGGGGGAAAGAGUUUGGGAGUUUAAAAGGGACUGCGUUUUUCUCGAGAUGUUUUGUGUGAAUAAAACGUUCAAUUUUUGCAGGAAGUGGCCCAUAUGAACGUGAACGGACCGAGCAAGUACAACCACAUGCUGGCCCAGGCGCAGGCUGCCGCCGCGCAGGCCGCCUUUAUCCAAUUCCAAAUGCAACAGGCCGCGCAGGCGAUCACCCCGCCGACAUCAGCCACGCCACAGUCCCAGCAACAACAGCAGCAGCCGACGAUGCGCUACUACGACCCGAACUCGGACGGAUUCUUCUACGAGAUGGCGUCCGUCGACGGAUGGAAGCGUCGGCAGCCGAACAAGCCGGUCUCCGCGUCGGUCCCGGCCGGCAUCACCAGGCCCUACUCGCAACGUCAGGCCGAUCAUCAGCAACUGCAGAUGAUGGCCGCCGCGGCCCUCGCUGCGGCCGCCGUCUCUUCUGGAGUUCCCGUGGUGCCGCCGCCGACGGGAUCUUCGUACGGAGCGGCGCUGGCUCGGGGACAGUUUCCCCGGAAUACGGUCAAGUCGGACGUCCUUUCGAUGACCCCAGCGCCGGAAAGCCGCGAUUCGCCGUCGUCCUCGCAGUGCGGCGACACGUUUGCCGAGCUGUUUGGCGCCGGCGAUCCGGUGUUCAACCCGAUCCAGCGGCCGUCGGCACUCAAUCUGGAGCAGAAGGCCGUCUCGCCGCAGCUGGAGAACUUGGCCGCGCUCUUCGACGCCGCCGAUCUGCAGGCACACGGAGCUGUCAAGGUGAGCUACUCAUUAGAAUCGUCCUAAACCCAAUCGUUUUUUUUCAGAUGCCAGUGGUGACUCCCUCCUCGCAAAGUCCGAUGAAGGAGUCGUGGAACUCGUUCCGCUCGUGCUCGCUGUUCAGCCCGCUAAAGCCGUCGAAGCGGGUUCUGGCGCCGGCGCCGAUCGGCCCGAACCAUCACCAAUCGAUGGGCACGCCGCUCAUCGACGAGAUGGACGACACGAUGGUUAUGCUGAUGAGGGACCUGGACAAGUUGUGGGCCACCACACCCGUCUCGGGCUUCAAUCAGGCCUGA